AUGCCGCGCGUUGUUUCUGGAAACCAAUCAAGUUCUAUUGCUUCCACUAAGCCAACUCUUCUUAGUCGUCGCGAAGACGGCGUUCGAAGGAAGGACCAGCGAUCCUCCUCGUGGUCCGCUUGGAUCCCCCCUCCGCUACUUGGACAACCUGAUAACAAGUCUUCUCGGGUCAGAUCCAGCAGUUUAGGACAACGAGGCAGUCCAGAUAUUGCACCAACAUCCGGACAGAAAGCGCUAGCAGAGAAAAGAGGUGGUUUUCGAAAAUGGGGCAAGAGAAAGGACAAAAAGUCUGUCACUUUUGAAGAGGAUGUAGCGGUGAACCUUCAGGAUUGUGAUAGCGCAUCCGGAACGGUACGAAGGCAGAAACUGUCCACGGUUGGUUCGGUAUCUGGUAUCUUUUCUCGAACAACACGAGACGAGGAGCAGAAUCGUGCGCCGGAUCCAGUCAGUAGACUCGAUUUCGCCAACCGUUCCGGCCCUGUUCCAGGAAGUUGGGUCGGACGACAUGCUCCUAGUCAAGAAGGGACUCAUCAUGAAGGGGCGGAUCGUGAAUACUGGUUGAGUCUUCGACGCCAAAUCGAAGAGAGCGCGAAAUUGCAGGACGAACUGCAUAAACGCCAAGCUACCAAAAGCGGAAAAAAAGAAAGAACCAAUCGCAAGCAUCAGCGUACGGUGAGUCGCGAUGAUCAGCUGAUUGCCCGUGGUGCCAAUCCCCGAACUGGUGUAGUAAGUCCCAGCAUCAUGAGUGGUGGUAGCGACUCUAGUUUCCGUGACUCCCGGGAGGAGAAUGCCACUCUUCAGAAGUGGCGUCUGAAGGGCAACGAGUGGAUAAGCUUGGACAAGAACGAAAAGUCUCCAUUUCCCUCGCCAUCUGGAAAUGAAAUUGCACAAGCCGAAUUCCCUGGUUUGCAGAGAAGCAAGACCGAGUCUGUUGGAUUGAUCACUUCUGCUCCCCCGACAGAGUUUGCACCAAAUUCGAUCAACCCGGAAGACAAGUUUGUUGUCAACAUGCCCUCCGCAAGAGAGCCAUCGCCGCUGACAAUGACUGCCCAGCAAAUUGUGGACUUCCAGAAGACUCUCGAACGCGUUCAUCAUGAAGGUGAACAAAUGCUGGAUCCGGACACCCUUCCAACACCCAGAUCCGUUACCCCUACAGGGAUUAGCACCCCUCCCAGGCGACUUACGAAAAAUUUUAAGGAGAAAAUUAUAGGACGAAAAAGGGACGCUAAGUCUCCAUCACCAUCCCUUGCUUUUGUAGAACCUCCGGCCCAGGGCUAUGUCAUCCACGCCGCUAUAACUAGUCCCAACAAGCCUGUUCCUGACAUCAAAGUGACGUCCUCUUCUGGCGAUCCUGAGUACGUCAAAUUAUGUAACGAGGAGAUGGGUCAGGGGCAGCCCACAUCUCAUGCACAUGCUUGUGGCAUGAACGGAGGUCCUUUUUUAGGCCAAAGCGGGGGCCAUGGAGAGAAAUGCACUCAGAUCUCUUGGCCCCGAACAGCGCCCCGUCUCCAUUGCCUUUCGCCUCAGUCGAUGAACGCCCGCAAAUUCCUAACCCAGAAGCAAGCCUUCCAAGCAAACCUGAUAAGCCGCACAGCAUGCGAGGAAGAAUUGGCAGAGAGAAGUCAAGUAUAUUACCCUCUGACAAUGGCGCAAAUUUUACACGAUCACAAUCUCAGUGGGCUCCUCAGAAAAAGUCCAGGAGGCUCUAUGAAAGGAGGGUCCGUGGCCGUCGAUCCAGUUCUGGAUUGCAGCCAGCUACACAAAUUGCCAGAACAGGAAAAUCUAUCCACUAUCAUUACCACUACGACACCCACGUCCACAAGCACUACAUCUAUGACUCUCCCACUAGCAAUGGAUCAACGCCCAUUAAACCACGAUAUCAAUCCCGACACCGAUUUCAACGCCAAUUCAAGCACCAUUCCCGGAAAGACAGGCCUUUGUCACUAUGGAACAUGUUGCAAUCAUCAGCAAUGCCCCUGCUUGUCCGAAACUUCGGGCAACAGCGUUCUUGCCAUCGAGGGACGAGCAGAGCAAAAUAUCAAUCGCGGCAUCAGAGAAAUCCCACUAAAUCUCAGCCGAAAUAUGCAUGGGAGCACCCAUAUAUCAGGACUAAACGACCCUAGUAAUUUACCCUUCACUGAAUAUUGUGCCCCUUAUAUACAGAACGGAUAUUUCAACCCCGCUAAGAAAAUUCACAGCGCCCAGAGGUCUCUGGUUAGCACUGGCUUGGGUCCUUCGCCCAUGUAUGUGAACAUGGUUCCGGUCAUGAAUAAGGGCGCCGUAUUCCAAGAGGAUGCUGUGAAGAGGGUAGUACGAUCAGACUCUGGAAGUGUAAAUUCCCUAAUGAGUGGACACUUUCGACCCAACACCCAAAGUGACAAUGGCCGAGAUAUCGAGGAUCGAAAAAAAGAUAAUUUACUCAACAAUCAAAAUAAUUCCACACCUGCUGUCCAAUUCCUCCAUUAUAUUGUUCGUGAGCGCCAUACUUUCAAUUUCCUGCGCCUGAUAGCCGUCCAGUUCCUCGCCAUGGCUCUGCACUGUCUCAGAGUCACCUUUAGCAUUUGCGAUUUCUGUCACAAGUUCUCGAAAACGGGUGUUCUUCCACGCGCACCUCGGAGCUUCCACGAUCUCGGGAUCUUGAUUUUAGACACUGGGCGAGCAUGCAUUUACUUUGCUGUAUUGGUUGUUGCAUGCACCUUUUUGGCAAGAGGGUUGGGCUUUCUGGCUACGGUCGCUUCAUGGCUAGUUUGGGCCCUAAAACUUUUGACUUUGGCGUAA